AUGCUACAUAUAUUUUGCUAUAAAACUAUCCAACGAAAUCGUAUACUUCUUCGAAAAGAAAUAGCUGGAUGGUUCAAAAAAGACUUAAAGUUCAAUGAUAAUUACGUAGUUCAUUGGGAUGGUAAAUUGUUAAGCGAUAUUGUUGGCGCAGAUGUUGUAGAUAGACUCCCAAUUCUUCUGACAUCGUCUGGCGCUGAACAAUUAUUAGGCAUUCCAAAAAUUGGAGCAGGAACUGGAAUUGAGCAAGCUUCAGCAGUAAACUCAACUUUGAAGCAUUGGGGUGUCAGUGAUUAUGUCAAAGCGGUGUGCUUUGAUACUGCAUAUACAAAUACAGGCAUUCAUCGUGGCGCUGGCGUAGAACUAGAGAAUCUUUUAGGGCGAAAGCUCAUUUGGUUGCCAUGUCGUCAUCACGUCAUUGAACUACUCAUUAAAGGUGUUUUGAAGUAUACUGGCCAACGCAAAAUGGCCCAAAUGUUUCAAUUUUUGGUAGAUUCAAAAAUAAUUGGAACAAGAUAGAUAAAUCAAAAUACAGUGCAGGAAUUAAUGAUCCUAUUGUUGCUAAAGUACUAUCAGA